UGCAGCAGUGAAUCUGACAAUGGCGAAGCAAAGAGCGAUGAAUUUUCUGGACCAAUGCUUAGCUUCAAAAAGUUCCUAAUGGCGCAGGACGAUGAUAUAUCGGAUUCGGCUGCUUUGGCUGCGUACAAUGAAUACAAGCAAGAAUAUAAAAGAAAGGAACUUCAACGCUUUUUCGAUGCACAUAAAACUGAAGAGUGGUUUCGUCAUAAGUACCAUCCUGAUGAGUCAGCUGCAGUUCGAGAAGCACAUUUGGGAGAUGUCAAAAAACGUCUUGAAAUUUUUAACGACUUGAAAUCGAAAGGAUGCUUUAACGAUUUGGUCUUAGAUCUACAGCAUGCUCGCGAAAUUAUUCGACUAAUGGAUACGCUUGUGGUACGACUCGAGGGUGGUUCAGAAGAAGAUGUUGAGGCGUUAAAGCAUGAGAAGAUUGAAGACGAUUCGUUAUUUGACUUGGGUGAAAAGAAAUCAGAUGAGGACAACGGUGUUGAUAAAGACGAGUCUUUUCUCAUUCAUAAUCAUCUUAAAUUUUACAAGCGCAGGAGGACUCUGUUGCACAAAACGAGUUCAGUUUUUAUGAGAAACGUGCCGCCAGCCGUAAAAAUUUCGGAUAUUGAAGCGAUAUGCAGUCGUAGUCCAGGUUUCCUUCGAGUUGCACUUAGUGAUCCUCAUCCUGAACGAAAUUACUCGCGCCGUGCGUGGGCCACGUACAAACGUGACGUCAAUAUUAAAGAAAUAUGCUGGACAUUGAAUCAAACCAAGCUCAAUGACUCCACAGAACUAAGUGUUAUUUUAAAUCGCGAUCUGACCAGACGUAUUCGUGGUAUUAGUGGAGUAACAUGUCAUCAGGCAGUGGCUCAAAACGAUAUUAGACAAGCAGCCAAGCUUGUCGCCUUAAUGGACAAACGCCUUGGUCUAUUCUGUGAAGGGGAACCGAAGGAAGAGCGAGAUAAAGACAUAUUCACUGGGGUUGACCUUGUGGCGACAUCUAGAAACCCACUACUAAAACAGCAUCUACCGCCUCAUCGUGUCUGGAACAGUGUAUGGGAGGUUUUUCAUUUCAUUCUAAUUAUUCAAACAAUUCUAGGAAUAUCUCGUGGAUCGGCAUCAAAAGUUCCGUUAGUAUGUGACGAAUCUCUACUGCAUGCCCUCGACUUGUUGAUUCUCUACCUUCGCAUGGUGCAUUCCAUCGAUUUCUACGGUCACAUUGAGUAUCCCAAUGAAGAUGCUAUGCCUAAUAGGUGUGGAAUGUUACAUGUACGAGGCGUACUGCCGUCACAAUUUGGUACUGCGGAUGAUGGAACAAAACUGGUUUCGACUAAGUUCAAUACUGAAUUUGUAAACGGCUUCAAUCAGCGUUUGGAAAGCGGUUUAAUGCAAACAUCUUUUGUUACGCCGGAUGAAAUGGAGAAAAUGGGAAGGAAAGAUGGUGAUAAAGAGGUAGAAGCCUUCAUCCAAGCGAACACUGUUGAAUUAUCGCAGGACAAAUGGCUCUGCCCUCUUUCGGGGAAAAAGUUCAAAGGUCCCGAUUUUAUUCGCAAGCAUCUAACUAGUAAGCACGAGGAGAAAUUACGCGAAGUUCGCGAAGAGGCAGUCUUCUACAACAAUUAUCUAGCAGACCCGAACAGGCCAGUAAAUGUUGAGGUAAAGGCUGCUCCGGCACCUGCGCGAGAAGACGAUCGUAGGGAUGACAGAUAUAGUGAUGAUCGUGCUGAGCGUGGGUAUGCAGGCGGUGGCGAUCGCAGUCGCCGAGGCUAUGCAGGCUUUGGAAGUGGUCCACCGCGUGAUCGAGGCCCACGUUUCACACCUGAGUCAGCUAGGCCGCUUACUUCAUACAGAGACCUCGAUGCAUUCCCGAUUGACUAA